CUAUUUACCCAUAUAUAAUCAAAGUUUCUGGUACAUCAUUGUCUUUGGCUCUCGGUGAGGGUUUUAGGGCACACACCGCAGGGAGACGGUUUCUUUCACUCUCUGCAAUUCGCGAUGGCUGACGAGGACUAUGAAGAUAUUGACAUGGGGUACGAAGAUGAACCGCCAGAGCCCGAGAUUGAGGAAGGUGCAGAGGAAGAUGUGGAGAACAAAAACGAUGAAAUAACUGGAGAGCCUAUUGACACCGAGGAUAAGGAAGAGGAACAACCAGUGAAGCGGCCUCGAAAGACAUCGAAAUAUAUGACUAAGUAUGAGCGUGCUAGAAUUUUGGGCACCCGUGCUCUUCAAAUCAGUAUGAAUGCACCUGUCAUGGUCGAGUUGGAGGGGGAAACUGACCCACUCGAGAUUGCUAUGAAGGAGCUUCGAGAGCGGAAAAUACCCUUUACAAUUCGGCGCUACUUGCCUGAUGGAAGCUAUGAAGAUUGGGGAGUUGAUGAACUGAUUGUGGAAGACUCCUGGAAGAGGCAAGUGGGUGGUGAUUGAUGAUUGAACUGACAGGUGUGGGGAGGAGUAACAGGCCCUAAAUUUUUGUCUCCUCGUAACAUUUAUCUUUGAAUUGUUUGAGGUUGAUACUGAUCUAUGAUCCCACCCACCGUAAAACUUGGUUUACAGCGAUGUCUUUGAAUGUUUAUAACUUGUGCUUUUAAGCUUAGUAUAAUUUCUAUUUCAGCUUGUUUAUAUAUCUCUGGGCUUGCAAUAGUGUUUGUUGUUGUUUGUGAAAUCAACUAUCAGGACACCCUCAGCUCUACGAAGAUUGGAGUGAUACUUUAUACUGUACAUUGGUUGUCUAGUGA